AGCAUGAGUUCUCCGUCGGGAACAGAGGAGGGGAAAAAGGAAAUCGACGACCUGCUCAUCAGACUGGUGGACGAACAAUGCCGCGAACAGGGCACCGAUAACACCGUGUCGGUCAAUGGCAUUCGUACCGCCGCCGAGAAGGAGAGAGGCCUCAUCACAGGAUUUCUGAGGGGCAAUCGGUAUUGGAAUUCUCGGAGCAAAGAGGUCAUCACGGCUGCAUGGAUCAAGUUGAGCCAGAUCCAAAAUCAUCAAAAAAGAAAAGGAAGUCAUCGGAACACGAUGACCAUCCCAGGAAGAAGCGGAAAGAGCCAGUGGGGAAGGAUGAGGAAGAGACGAAAGAAUCCCCACCAAAAGAGCUAGCGUCCACCUCGCAUUCCUCACCGGAGCCCGCCCCGGCCCUGGAAUCCGACAGCGACAUGUCCGUCCUCAUCGAUGAUGGGCCGCCCCGGAAGAAGACUAAGGCCGCAAAGUCCGGCGCGAAGGCCAAAGCAAAAGCGACGAAACCCAAAGCGCCCAAAGCAGCCCAAUCGAAAUCCGACGGCUCCACGUCGCAGGAGUCAGAGAUCAAACGGCUGCAGGGCUGGCUCAUCAAGUGCGGCAUCCGCAAGCUGUGGCACAGGGAGCUGGCGCCGUACGCCACGCCAGGGGAGAAGAUCGGGCAUUUGAAAGAGAUGCUUCGCGAUGCGGGGAUGGAGGGCCGGUACUCCGCUGAGAAGGCUAGGCAAAUCAAGGAGCAGCGAGAGUUGGCCGCCGACCUGGAGGCGGUGACGGAGGGGAACAAGGUGUGGGGCAAGAAGAAAGAGGCUGAACAAGACGAGACCAAAGAGACCAAAGAGAAGCGCGGGAGGACGUUGGCGAAAGGGUUCAAAGACUUGGCGUUCCUGGAAGACGACGAUGAAGAGUCCGAUUGAGCGGCGUGUCAUGAAAGUUGCGUGCCGUGGAUUGUUGGACGGCCUGCAAUCGGAAGGGAACCAUUCGACCACAAGAGGCGCAGUUGCAUGGGGGGUAUUUCAAGGCUGAAGGAAAGUUUGCGACGGACGUCGUUUGUGCCCGAGCAUCAAGCCCGAUUAGGCACGGUGAAUAUAGGCGUCGCUUGUUGGUCAACGACGUUCCACAUGCGGA